AUGUGCACUUACAGCACUGACCGGUAUCUGAAUCAGUACUACAAGAUCGUUAUCCCGAGGCUUCUGGGUCCAAGCAACUUCGAUGCUUGCUUCAUUUCGUCAACUGAAAACAAGGUUAGACACCCUUUUUCUGUCCUCAUAAGCUUGACCCUCAGUAUAGAGUACCCGCUAAAGUUCCUUAGUCAAGGUGCGAGGCUCCAGUUCAAAUUGGUGAAUCCGGUCAUCAAGGGUUCGGUUCCGAGGUAUGACUGGUUCUGCGAGGCCAAGUGCGUGCUUCAUACCAUGUUCCAGGCGACCGAGCCGCCGGUCAUGAACGAAGCGAUAGCUUCCGAGCUGCUUACUCCGCUGGUGACGAUGGACCACAUUCCCGUGGACGUGUCGUUCAAAAGUGUCGCCCUGCAGCAGGUGGACGUGAAGCUUUUGCCGCUUAGUCUGUUAUCACCCAAGCUGGACCCAGUGCAGUGA